AUGGCACAGAGGCCGACUGCAAAGAGAUCACCUUCAAUCUUAGUUACAGACUCAAGAAACGCCAACCACAAAAGUGCUCCUUUUGCAGGUGCUGCACACAACAGCAGUAACAAUGGUUCAAAUCAUCUCAGUAAAACAGCCAGACUUAAAAAGAGGAAUAGUGGGAAAUUCAGUGAUAUCUCAGUCUCAAACAUAUUGUCAGAUGUUAGUGAUAUCCCAUCAGGACGAAGAGAGGAAAGAUUGUCUAGCGGGUCUAUCAAUCUAGGUAGUUCUCUUCGUGAUCAAAGGAGGAAGCUUUAUAUGAAACCUUUUCAACCAUUACCAUCAAGAACUUCAAAAACUUCACAAAAACUUGUUUUAAUUCCAGAUGAAGAUGAAGAGUAUGAUCAUGAAAUUGGUGGUCCAAGACCUUCUUCUAAAUCUGCUAGAUCAAAAGCUGAAAAAAUGUCCAAGGAGAAGAGAGGUAAAAAAUUAUCAAGAGUUACAGCAUAUUUAGUUUCAGAUGGGUUCAACUUGAAAAGAACUGCACAAUUUUUGAAAGAAACGCAUGAUAUUUAUCCAAGAAUCUAUGACGAAGCUUUAUAUUGUCCUUAUUGUUUACCCUUAUUGCCUGGUAGAGAUGGGUUUAGAAUUAAAUCUAACAAAUCAGCAAAGAAUGCGAGUGGUGUUGCUUAUAUGGAAAGACUUAUAGACACAUCUGAAAGAAGAGAUCAUCAUUAUGAGUAUUAUAGCGGUGUUGAAACUCCAGAAGAUGCUAAUAACAAUUAUGAGAUUGAUAAACCUGAAACUGAAGAAGCUAAUUAUGGUCCAUUUGAUCCAUCAGAGCCCCAAUUUUUCGCAGAGAAUGUUCAAGAGAAUAGUGCAGCAUCGAAUGCAAAAUCACAAGAAAUGAUCAAACAUCAUGCUGAAAUGUUUAUAUUCAACUAUGGGGUUGUUGUGUUUUGGAAUUUUACAGAAAUCCAAGAAAAGAACAUUCUUGGUGAUAUAUCCUUUGCUAGAAAUGAAAAUGAUAAUAAACAGCUAUUGAUAAGGCCUAUUGAUGAACAUGAUAUUGAAAAGGAACAGUUCCAUUUUGAAUAUGAUAUGGAUACAGAAAGACCAAGAAUUUAUAAUGAUAUGAUUACGUUACGUUCUGGUGAUCAUUUAAUCAAAUUAACAAUGUCUCAUGCAAUUGCACAAUCCACAAAAUUAUGCAGGUUUGAAUCGAGAAUCACACCUAUUCUAUAUUCAGUUUCCAAAUUACCUAAAAGAUUAGCAUUGACUGGGAAGUUGGGUUUGAAGCGUGAACAACUUAUCAAGAAAUCUGGUAAGUUGUUUAAGUUAAGAGUUGAUGUCAAUUUAUCAUCAAAUGUGUUGGAUACACCUGAAUUCUUUUGGACUUUUGAACCAAGUUUACAUCCAUUAUAUAAUGCUGUAAAGGAAUAUUUGGAAAUUGAUCAAAGAGUUGAAGUAUUAAAUGAUAGAUGUAAGGUGUUUUUAGAAUUCAUUGACAUUGUUGCUGAUUCAAUUGCUGAAAAGAAUAUGACCAGAAUCACAUAUAUGAUUAUCACAGUUUUCUUUUUAUCAUUGGUUGUUUCUUGUUUGGAGAUUUUUGUUAGAUAUAUGAUUAUUGAUCGUAAUAAGCAUUUUAAUUAG